CGCUGGCUCCUGGGGGUCGCAGGGAGUUACAGGGUCCCCGGCCUUGUGGGGGCUGCUCCAGCCCUGCUCCGCCCUCAGGGUCUGCUGGUUCCGGGCACCCCGGAGCGGUCGGAGCCCCUCGCUGCUCUGUCUGUGCUCCCCCCGGGCACCCCCAGCCUGGUGGGGGGCUUGUGACAGAGCCUCUGCCGAGGGGGUUUGCCCCGAGCCUGGGCUCCGCCUGGCCUGUUUUCUUCCUGCAUCCAGAUAACUCCCAAUUUGUGACUCUGUACGCUGAAGAUAAUUUGAGUAACACCUCUGUGGCGUGAAGAUCCCUGCGCUGGUCUUUGUUGCGUUUUAGAAACGCGCAAGGAGGGAGGGAGGCAGGCUGUGGGUUUCUAUUAAACACAAAAUUGCUAGAAAUGCUUGGUUGUUUUUUUUUUUUUUUUUUAAACAGGAGGGAAAAGAGCUUUGGAAACUGGGGUCUGCCUGCUAGAGUCCUGCGUGGGGGGAAGACACCACUGCCAUGCUGGAGGCCCCUGGGUGGUCUGUGCGUGGAGCAGAGCACGAUGCCUUUCCUGCACGGCUUCCGCAGGAUCAUCUUCGAGUAUCAGCCCCUGGUAGACGAGAUCUUGGGGUUGCUGGCGAUACAGGAUGCGGAACGGCAGAGUGCCCUUGAGAGCCCUGCCUGUCUGGGCAGCGACAGGAGCCAGCUCUCAGCUGUGAGACGAGUCUUGGAGAGGGAGACCCACUCCCCGUUUUAUCAGGAAGGUGUGAGCUAUGCCCUGCUGAAAGUCACCGAGCUGGGGCUCGUCCCCGCUGCAGAAAUCCUCCUGGAGUUUGGAGCUGACCUCAGCUUUGAAGAUCCAGUCACCUACUACACCCCCCUGCACAUCGCAGUGCUCCGCAACCAGCUGGACAUGGUGGAGCUUCUGGUGCACCACGGGGCUGACAUCAACCGGAGAGACCGGAUCCAUGAGAGCAGUCCCCUUGAUCUGGCCAGCGAGGAGCCCGAGCGGUUGCCGUGCCUCCAGCGGCUGCUUCAGCUGGGGGCCAAUGUCAAUGCAGCUGACAAAAACGGAAAGACAGCGCUGUUGCACGCCCUCGCCAGCAGUGAUGGUGUCCAGAUCCACAACACCGACAGCAUCCGUCUCCUGCUGGAAGGAGGUGCGGACGUGAGGGCCGCCACCAAAGAUGGUGACACUGUCUUUACUUACGUCAUCUUUCUGCUGGGAGAAAUGGUGUGCAGUAACACCGAGGAGGCACAGGUGAUCAAUCACUUCUGCUUUCGUGUCACGCAGCUGCUGCUAGCCCACGGUGCCAACCCCAGCGAGUGCCCAGCCCCCGAGUCCCUCACCCACCUCUGCUUCAAAAGCUUCAAACGCCACUUCCCGCUGCUGCGUUUCUUGCUGGAGUCAGGUGCUGCCUACAACUGCUCCCUCCAUGGUCCCUCAUGCUGGUCGGGCUUCCACAUCAUCUUCGAGUGCCUCUGCUCGCACCUCAGCGUCUCUGAAGAUGACAGCUUCUCUACAGACCUCAUCCAGAAGGGUCAGACUCUGCUGGAGCUCAUGAUGGCCAGUUCACAAACCAUCCAGCUGCCCAGCAACUUUGAGGUCAACACCAGCAGCUGUAGGUACCACGGGGAGAAGAUCAGGACUCUCUUCUGCUCUCUGAAGCAGCUGGAGCGCUCCCCUCAGGCACUGAAACAUCUCUGCAGGGUGUUUAUCCGGCAGCGCCUUAAACCGUGGCCAGUAGAUGUCAAAAUCAAGGCUCUACCUCUUCCAGACAGGCUGAAGUGGUACCUCCUCAUUGACCACGCUGCUGCUGGGCACGAGGACCUCUGAGCCUGACUAACGCCUCUCUACCUCCCCACCUCCGUGGUCACGCUGUGCCUACAGCCACCAAAUCUCUGCUCUGGGCCGGUUUUCUCCACAGCAAGAGGUGUUGCUGUCCACGCACACACCCACAGCUUGGCCGGUGCUGCCCACGGUGCAUUUUGGGGCGUGUGUUUUUUUGGGUACGAUGCCACAUAGAGGCCUCUGGGGCAUGUUGUGGGGAGGCAGGCAGAGCUCUGUGGCUCCCUGAGGGGGAAGAGAGCCCUGGGGAGCUGGAUACUGGGGCAGAAAGCUGGUUUGUGUGGCUUUUAAGAAAAAGCCUGGCAGGCAGGACCAGCAGGGCAGUUGGGGUGGUGUGAUUGGAAAGGCAGCCUGUCCUCUCUCCCUCCAGCCCUGCUGGGUCUUGGGGGGGUGAAGCAGUGCCUUAGGUGACCAGCAGAGUUGUGAGAUGCCUGGGGGUGCAGGGAGAAGAGGUGUUCCCUGUGCCAGGAGAGUGCUGGCAUUGGUGUCCUGGUGCUAGGGGUCUGGCAUCUCCAUGUGGAUGCCUUCCUUGCUCACUCAGGCUUCUGAAACCAGGGCUGGGAGUGAGGGGAAGUGGGGCUGGCGGUGGUGGCCAGCUGCUCUGCAGCCUCUGAGUUUCUGCACCCCAUCCUCCCGGCACAGAGGACCAUCCCCCAAGGAUAUCUCAGAGGUGCUGGGCUCCAAAACAGACAAAUGGAUGUUUCUUGGCUUUGUGGUGCAAUGCCUGUGCAAGGAUGAGGAACGGGCAGCUAACUGCUGAGAGCCUUGGGCCUCCCCCCCUGUUCCUUGGCUCUCCCUUGCUGACUGCUCCCAGGACCGUGGUUUCCAGUGCCUCCUUCCCAGGAACAAGUUGCAGCAGGACUCGGCGUUUUCUUUCCAGCCUGCUACUGGAAGCUACAAACUCUGGGGCCACACAUGGAGGUCCUGUGCCCCAGCCUUGCCACAGCUGUCUGGCUCCCCCUUCUAGGCAUCUGCUUCUUCAUGACAUGCCAAAGACUGGCUGCAGAGCUGAGCCCCCCACGUUUUUGUUGUUUUUUGUUUGUCAUGGGAGGCAAAUGCAGAAGAGGAUGAAAAGAGAAAGGAUCUAUUCCAAGUAGGUACAGUUUAUCCCAGGUGGAUCUGGGAUCCACCUGCAGAAGAGUUGUCUCCCCCCAUUGCCCUCCUGGCAGCAUCUGAAUUUUGCCUUCUCCCACCCUGUGGAACUGGAGCUGUGCAUUUCGAUGAAUUGAUGUUUAAAAAAAAAAAAAAAAUGUGAUACUCCCCUGGUGUCUGAAAUGGGAAACGAGCAAUUAAACAAGGCCUUUUAUAAUAA